UUUGCAGGAAAAAGACCAAUAUGGCAAUGAAGUACAGCGCUUGGCACGUCCUCUGCCAGUCGAAUAUUUGCUGGUAGAUGUGCCCGCCUCAACACCACUGCAACCCCAAUUCACAUUCACACAAUACAAGAAACGCGGUGAACCAUUCCCCGUGGAGAAUCGUUACCUGGAUGGACAUUUGCAAGAUUUUAAUGCGCUAAGCACGUAUCUCUCCCACUGGACGGAUCAAGAGUUUCUCGAGGCCAUUUCAGAUUUUCACUUGUUGUUGUAUCUAUAUAGAAUGGACACGGUGCCGUUGCGUGCACACAUGGGCCCACUGUUGGAGGCCGUACGCACCAAAAAUGCCGAUUUGGCAUACAGCUUUAAGGCUAGCGAGCCAUGGAAGCUACUGGAGUCGCUAAUACACGCAAGCACCGGCGGCAGCAGCGGCCCCUCUGCUGGUAAUAAGGCUGCUGCGUCCACCACAAGCUCUGCCACAGGUGCUGCCGGCACGAACAAUCAAUGGCAGUGCAAUCACUGCACCUUCAUCAAUCCUGGCGAAUUGAGUUCGUGCGAGAUGUGUUCGCUGCCUAGAUAAAUGCCUAUCGCCCUCGCUAAUUUCACCGUCAUCGCCACCUUUGCUGUUAGCGCAGUCAUUUUCAUUCAUGGACAAUAUCACUUGGUAGGUUUGUUCGUUGGUUGGUUGGUUGGUUGGUUGAUGGUAUUUACGUU